GUCGCGCGCUGGUUGGACAGGUUGAUCAGCACUUCCCAAGAGAGAGAGUAUAACGUGUUGCAGAUGAUGGCGAAAGCAGGAGUUUCCAUGCUGACCUUUAUCGCGGCUGCCGUCGGGCCUGCGAUGGUGGCCGGCUUCGCGCUGUCGCCGAACGCGAUGAGUACCGGGGCCCGGCCCAGCUCUAGCCUGAGGAUGGCUGCUGCCGAAGGCAAACAGCGGGUGCUCGUCAUCGGAGGCACCAGGUUCAGCGGGCUGUACCUCACCAAGGAGCUUCACUCCCGGGGGCACGAGGUAGUGUUGUACAACCGCGGCCAGACAGCCAACAAGCAGCUGCCGUGCGAGUCCGAUGCCGAGUACGCCAAGCGCAUGGAGGACGUCAAGACGAUCGUCGGCGACCGGAAGGACCCGGAGGUAUGCCAGUCAGCUCUCGGAGGGGAGAAGUUCGACGCCGUGUUCGACAUGAACGCCCGCGAGGUGUCGGACACCAAGGCCGUCGCCGACGUCUUCAAGGGCAAGGUGGACCACUACGUCUUCAUGAGCUCCGCCGGGGUGUACCUUAAGUCGGAGCUGAUGCCCCACAGGGAGGAAGAUGCCACGGACCCCAAGAGCCGACACAAGGGAAAGUUCGAGAGCGAGGCCUACCUCGCGGAGAUCGGGAUGCCCUACACCUCCAUCCGCCCUACCUACAUCUACGGACCCCUCAACUACAACCCGCUGGAGCAGUACUUCUUCGAGCGCCUGGACCAGGACCGCACCGUCAUCGUGCCCGGGCACGGGCAGCACUUGACCGGGCUCGGACACGUCAAGGACCUCGCAAGGGCCAUGGCCAACGUUCUCGGAAAGGAGUCCGCUAAGGGUCAGGUCUACAACGUCCAGGACAACCGUGCGAUUACGUUCGACGGCAUGGUGAGGGCGUGCGCCGAAGCCAUGGGCAAGGACCCCGCCGCGGUCAAGAUCAAGCACUUCGAGCCGGCCAACUUCGACUUCGGCAAGAAGAAGGCCUUCCCGAUGCGACCGGGCCACUUCUUCGCCAGCUGCGAGAAGGCCAUGACGGACCUGGACUGGGCGCCGGAGUACAACACCGUGGACGGACUUCGGGAUUCCUACGAGAACGACUUCGUGCACAAGAAGGCCGCCGGUGGUCUGAAGAACGACUUCGAGUGCGACGACAAGGUCCUGAACGACCAAACCAUCGGCAACCUCCUCACCAGAUGAUUUGAUUGACGAUGACCUGGUUUGAUGAAUUCUUUCUCGUGUGUGUUUUGUCUUGUCGCUCGAUAACCAUGCGUGCGCGCCUACAGCAAGGUGUAGUCGAUCGAUCGACGCAAAGAAGAGGCGUUAAUCGUGUCGCCCUAGAAAUUUGCUUCUCGGUGUUGACAUUUGUCAGCAGCAUGCGAGGAGUGACACGGUAUACCAUAGGUUGCACAAGAUAUCACACCCCCUGGACCGAUUUUCGAACCUCGAUUUGUCGGCAGGAAAAGCAGUGACGAUGCCGACAAUGGCGGCGUUUGAACCGUCUCGUCGAGAGCUUUUCCUAAAACAUAUCUUUCGAUUUCGGCAUCCUCUUCGUCGUGGAGUAAUCGAGCUUUGAAAAUCGGUCCAGGGGGUGUGAUAUCUUAAUGCAACCUACGGUAUCAUCGAGAAGUCGCCACGUCGGUGUCGUGCAAACGUUAACACAACUUGAUGGAUGCAUUCAUAGCCAAACAUGGAUGGAUUCACGUCGCUAGAUCGUCUGGUUCUGCCGGUGUGAUAGCCAGUACAGGUCAACGAAAACUUUCGGUUCUUGAACGGUUCAAUCUGGGGACGAUCUGUCGUGUCGGGUCUGCAUGAUGGUCACCGGGUGGAUGUAGGUUGGUUCCUGCUUUUGGGCUGGUCUCCUUGGUUUUUUGCUUGGUCGAAAAACCGGUUUGUCGACAUGCGUACGUGUGCACGUUGGGCCUGGUCAAUCGGAUGGAUGGUACGGGUGCCCUGCCCCGUGUCCUCUCCUUGUUCACCUCGCCCACAAUACCUUUCGCGUUUGAUUUGCACCGCAGUGAGAGGUUGGUUGGGACGUGAACCGAAGAGAUCGAUGUCAAAAUAGGAUUCUAGUGCUUCGGCUGGCUUGAGCCCCCUGGAAGGGCGGCUGGCUUCAGAACGAGGUGGAGAACUGUGAACCUUAGCUCUGCUCCAUAGGGGAUGAUCAAAACCCGCGGUGCGGCAAUUGUCCAACGCUUGUACGAAGCAGCGUACGCCUGUGCUGUGCCAGUUACCUUGUCUUGUGUCUGGAAAGUUUUGAAGGCAACAGAAA